ACGAGCGAAGCUUAGCACCAUGAAUGCAUUUGUGGUGAUUCUCCUUGCACUUGGCGCAGUUUCUCCAAUGCCCUUAGCUUUCGAAAGGGGAAAGCGUUACACUUACAACUACCAAACUGAUGUAUACCACGCCAUCCCCGGCGGAUCAACAAAGACACUAGGACUUAGGGCGAGGUGUCAAGCUCAUGUGGAUGUACUGGAGAAAACCGAGCUUCAACUGAGGCUGGCAAACAUUCAAGUUGUACAAGUGGAAGGAAACCUUCAGGACCCUAAGCAGCAGAAGGAGACAGAAGCAGACCCAAAGAUCGUGGCAAAAAUGCAAGGUUUCCUUGCCCUACCAGUGAAACUUGCUUUUAAGGCACAAGAUGGCAGUAUUAAACAAGUCUAUGCGGAUCCUAAAGACCAGGAAUGGUCGCUGAACAUCAAACGCGGUCUUGCAAACCUUUUCCAAAUGUCACCACGUCAACAAUACAAAUCACAAGGGAAGAACGGCAAACGAUUUGUCACUCAAUUUGAGACCACUGCAGUGGGUGAUUGCCAGGUUUCGUACGUCAUUCAAUGUGACAACUGCCAAGCUGGACAGAAGGAACAGGUUACAAAAGUAACCAAAGUUAUUAUCUACCAGAAAUGCCGACACCGACCAGAAUUUAGUCAGAGUAAUUUUUACGGAAGAUGGUGCGAAAAAUGCCAACAGAGCGUGGGUAAUGUACCAUAUCACCAGUCAGCUGGUCAGAUCGAAUAUACCCUGAGUGGAAAUGAGAGAUACGGUUAUACCAUCAAAUGGGCUGAAGCUGUGGAAAAACAUGUAGUCACACCAGUCAGUCAAGCUGGAGGACAGCUGACGGCUUCAGCAAGGCAAUGUUUGGAGUUUCAUGGAACAUCUGACGCUGGACAGCCAUCUAAGACACUUGCCAGGACAACAACUCAUCGGUUUGUCGCUGAGAAUCCCGAGCGACGAGAUCGCAAUAAUACUCAAUGUCAGCAGGAAACUUCCAGACAGGCGCAAAAUGCUUCAGACGAAAUGUGCAAAGCCAUUAACCAGAGAGACGGCCAAAGGGCAGCUGAGAUGUUUGCUAACUUGGUACAGCAGCUGAGAAAAUGCAAUCAGGAAACCGCCAUGAAACUGGCUGAUAACAUGUUAUCCCGGCGAGACGCAUCCGAGAGGAAAUAUUGUAUCGAUGCUCUCUCCUUUGUGGGGACCCGUGAGGCUUUCCAAGUUCUAAAGAAAAAGAUCCAAGAGAGGAAAAUCAACAAAGCAGAAGAACUCAAACGAGUAUUUUUGGGACUGGCGUUCGCUCCACGACCAACCGCUGACCACAUUGAUGCUGCUUGGGAACUAUGCGAGCACGCUGAGGUUAAAAGGGAUAUAUCAGCUCGUCGUCAAUGCAUGCUCACAUUAGGGGCCCUGGUGCGAAAGAUACGUCAGAGACCCAGUCUCCAGCAGGACACCAAAGCUAAGGCUGCUUGUAAUGAGUGUACCCAGAAGAUACUCGAUCGUCUUGCUGGCAAAACGACCGAACAAGAGAGAGUAAUGUAUAUCAAAGCUAUUGGGAAUUCAGCGAGCCCUCAAGCACAACCAGUUCUGCAAAAGAUUCUCAGGGACCGUGAUGAGUCACUGUACAUCAGGGUGGAAUGUGUUUGGGCUCACAGACACAUCAUCCGUCAGGCCAGGCAAACAGCUACUCCAUCGCUGAUAUCUAUCUUUGCUGACGCAAGAGAAAGCCCUGAACUGCGCAUGGCCGUUUUCAUUAUGUUGCUGAAUUCCGAACCCAACUUUGCAACACUGCAGGCUCUCGCCAAUAUUGUGAAACGUGAGAUCACUUGUGCUGCUCCAGGCCCCCGCAGUAACCAGGUGGCUUCAUUUGUUUUAUCUCAUCUAGCAGCUUUGGCCUACCAGAACAAUGUCUUGACGAAGCACAGGUGCAUGCAGGCUCGCCUGGCUCUCCGUCUUAUGCCUAAGAUGAGUUAUGGUCCAGGAUACUCUAAAGGAAUGCGAUGGGCACAAUAUUCAGAGAAAUUCCAAGCGGGAUUUGAGUUCGAGGCAAACAGAAUGGAUGUUCCUGACAGUAUGCUGCCACGAAACCUCAACGCACAGAUCCGAAUGCACGUGUUAGGCUACCAAAUGAGUGCAUUGGAGUUUGGUGCUCGAAUCGAAAACAUGGACUACGUUAUUGAGCAGGUAAUUUCCGAAGUUCGCAAACGACACAAACGAUCUCUGUGGGGAGCAAUCAACUCCUUCUUCAACAAAGAGAGCUCGGAAGAUGAGACUUCCAAGGAAGUGAAAUCAGAAGAUGGAGAAUCAGAAGGCACCCCAAAAAUAAUUCGUCCCGCUACUCGUCAUGACCAAGAGAAUCGUCAACGGAUGUCAGCUUACCUGAAGUUGUUUGGUGACGAGGUGAAAUACAUGGAAAUCAGACAAGAAGAUAUCAAACAGUUUUCACAAGACGUCGCAGAUCUUAUGCUGGGAAAGAAAGAUCGAAUUGAAAACGCUGACAGAACAAUCGUGAUCACACCGAAAGGUAUUGAAAUUAAGCAAGCCUUUGAGAAAGCCUUCAUGGCAAACAACGCGCGCCGUGUGGUGCCAACACUGGCAGGAAUCCCUCUUGACUUCCAGCACCGAACUGCAGCAGUUGCCAAGGUCACUGUGGCCGCCAAAAUUAACGUUGAGCCUUCCAUCGCCACCCUACUACUGCUCCAGAAACUAACAGCCAUCACUGAGAUAAAACCAGUCAUUGGUGCCCACGAGCAGGCACAAGUCGGAAUUCACACUCCUUUCCUGCGCAUGGGAGUAAGGGUGAAAGCCGCUGCACAUUCUAACACGGAACAUAAAGCUGAUGCUAACUAUGCUGCCGGUCAAGAGUUCUCAAUAACUUACAACGUACCUCAGCAACAAAGGAAUAUCUUAAAUAUGCAGUCAGACGCACAUGGAUUUGUUGCUGAAAAAGACCCUAAGACCUGUCAAGAGGAGGAGAAGCAACUUCGUUUUGAUUUUAAGACGCCUCAUCUUAAACAGGUUCAGGUGCCUUGUAAGGGAGAGGAUUUGUUUGGAGUCCAGAUUUGUGCCGAAGGGUGGGUUCCAGACCUCCCCACCUUGAGGCUUCAACAGGUUCCUGUCUUCCCAGCAGUUGCUUUGACUAAGCUUCGCGUUUCCAUGGCACCAGCCGCGGACAAACCAACCGCUGUACAUUGCAGGGGUCAGGUCACCCAAAAAAGUGAAAAAGAAUGGCAAGUUGAAGGUUCUAUCAACGCUUCAUCACAAACUGCUCGUCGCCGAAUCCCUUACAGGAUGACCGUGGACAAAGCAGCUUACCAGAUGGCUAUCCAAGUAGGAGAUAUCCAGGCCGAGGGAUACGAUGGUGGAAUGGCGAGAAUGACUGCAAGGUACGGAGAAAUGAAACUAGAAUUUGGAAGAGGAAAACUUCAGUAUCAGGUCUCCGCAUCUGGGCAGGUUCAAGAUCAGGGAAAAACGGCGCGUCUGAUGUUGCAGUGGACAAAAGUCCCAGAGCAGUGGGUAACCUUCUUCUACAACUGGGAGCCACAGAUCUGGUAUUUCCUUCAACAGUUUGCUUGGAUCAGGCGUCCAGAACAAUCCCAAAACCAAGUACAGAUUGAGUUUGCUCUUACGUCGCCUCUGACUGCUAGGCUGAAGAUGAGAACUCCAGACGCUAUUGUUGAGAGAACUGGCCUUAAUCUACCCUUGAGAGUGGAUCAUUUUCCGUCUUCUUUACAAGAAAUCAAGAACUACUUCUAUGCCAAGUGUGAGGUCCAAAAAGACAACAUUAAGGUGUUUGACCAACUACAGUACGAACACAACAUUAAGGGCGGUUGUCCAUAUACUCUUGCAAAGGAACAAAGGAAAGACAAGCAAUCUAGAAUCCAGGUCUCUGUGCAAAUUGACGAGCAAGGUCUAAAGACCCUAAUUGUAAGCAUCCGCCAUUCAUUCCAACAACAAGCCCAAGAGUCAGUUAGAUGUGUCGUUAAACCAGACGGCACCACUUUGAUUGACGGCAAGAGAGCGGACUGUUCUCAGAAGGCAUGUAAAUCGAAACUAGGUGGAGUUUCUGUCCACAAAGCACAACGGGCUGAUGGGAAGACUCAGGUUCAGCUGUCAACAAAGAUGGGUCUGCACGCUACCAUGGAUCAAGAUCAGCGGAUCGACCUGUACGCCUCGCCUUUUCUGCGCAGUCGUGUUUGUGGUUUGUGCGGUGACGCUGAUGGUGAAGAGUGGAAUGAGUACAGAGACCCAAAGGACAAAGUGCAGCAGCUUGACCAGUUCAUCAAGUCCUGGCAGGAAAAGUGUUGAAGCAGAGACACUGAAGAACAACAACAACAACCCAAGACUCAGACCAACCUGUACGGAAACGGCUUCGCUUUUUUUAAUUCAAUUUCUACAAUUUUUUUCGCUUAGUUUUAGAUUUUUUUAUUGUUUAUCAGAAAUACAAACAGAACGCUAGAAAAAAAAAAUGUUCUUUUCUUCUCAAAUUUUCGUUUUUGGGAUUUUACAGUUAGGUGAUGGUUUAUUUUAAAUAAAUUUGAAGCAUGCA